AUGUCACGCAAGGGCGUCGGAAUCGGGGCGUUCGACCGCUCGCGGCUCACCUCUCGCCAAUUCGCCUCGCACGGCUCCUCCCUGCGCGCCUCCAACACCGAAGCCCUCACCACGCAACUCACUGUCUUCCGAUCCCUCCUCCAGCAGUUUGCCCAGACACACGCCAAGGACAUCCGCUCCGACCCUGCCUUCCGAGCACAGUUUGCGCGCAUGUGCACGGCGAUCGGCGUCGACCCGCUUGCCUCGUCAUCCUCGUCAUCCUCCUCCGGGGCCGGUGGUGGAUUGUGGGCGCAGCUGCUGGGCGGCAGUGUCAACGACUUUUACUUUGAACUGGCGGUGCGCGUUGUGGAGGUCUGCAGUCGGACAAGGGGGGAGAAUGGCGGCCUGAUAGGGUUGAAGGAACUCACGGAGAGGGUAUCACAGGGGAGAAUGGAGGGCAGCACCGAGAUCUCGCCCGACGACGUGAAGAGGGCGGUCGAGACGCUCAAGCCCCUCGGUGGGAGCUAUGCGGUCAUCAGCGUCGGGCACAAGGAGUAUGUGAGGAGUGUCCCAAGAGAGCUCAGCAACGACCAGGCCUCGGUGGUGGAAGCGGCGCAGGUGCUGGGAUACGUCAGUGUCAGCAUGUUGCGGGACAAUCUUGGCUGGGAAAAGGCUCGAUGUCAAACAGUGAUAGACGACCUCAUGUCGGAAGGCAUGCUGUGGGUGGACAAACAGACCAGAGGCGAGUGGGAGUACUGGAGCCCGACUUCGAUGGUGGACACGGAGGGCGUGAUGGAGCCUGCCCUAGACGGAGGAUAG